AUGGGAAUGAACCGCAUAACACAGCGGGGAGCAAUGAAGCGGUGGUUCCAUCCACUGCGGAUGAGUAAUGGAAGAUGCCCUUGUGAUAAGUUCAUCCCAGUUGGAACACCCCGAAGAGAGAUUCACGUGUUCUUUACCCACAACCGGAAGGAACAAGGCAAUUUAUUAAGCAUUAAAAGAUAUGGCCAAGGGAAAGACAAUUCAAAAAUGGUUCUUCUGGAUGUAGAAAAAUGUGAAGGAGAGAAAAUGAAAAAGAAGAUUCAGAAGUACCUCAUCGGAGGAGUGUUGCUAUCAUCCAUAUGUAUUUGUUUAGUUGAGUUCGACGUAAUUCAAAGUGUAUAUGGCUACCUCCUCUCCUGUGGAUUUUUGGCAUUUUAUACGUUUCAGCUUUACGCGUGCAAUUCAGUUAUAUUGAGAGCAGUCUUGGAUGUAAAGAACAGACACCUGCUCCUGUACCCCUUCACAGUAUUUACGAGACAAGGGAUGAAAAAACAAAUAAUUGUGUCUCUUCACGAAAUUGGACUCAUUAGAACGCAUGGAAAUUUUAUGAAAAUAUAUUUUAAGGAGAAGAACUUUCUCUCCUUUCUCUUUCAACACAACAUGCUUUCUCCGUUGUGUAUUCCCAGGUACACAUGCGCCCAGAGGAGUGAACCCGCAAAGGAAGAUGUGGACCCGCUGUACCACUACGACUACAAUAAUUUGAACGUUUCGGCGUUUGGUCAAAGGGAUGCAGGGGCGCGUCGCGGAGUGGGCGAGGCGUGUUCCAUCGGUGCCACCCAUGUUGGCGCUCUCCCGCGUGUGCGCAAAAAUGUCGAGGGCUACCCCCUAGACGUGACGGAGGAGGCCAAGCUCCUUUCGCUCCUCCGCCCCCGGUGCACCAUUUAA